GAAGAUAAAAGAACGAUUGCGCUACUCUACAGAAAAUAAAUACCACGCUCUAACCUGGCGCGUUUAAUCACAUCCCAUUUUCACAUAUAAACCCAGAACCUCUGUUACUCCACAUUGUUAUUUUCACCACCCGAUAAUUGAUAAGCUCAGAAAAUGCCGCCGAUGAUGACAUCAAACACUAUUUCAUUACAUUCGCAGUUCACAUUUUCUACGACGUCGUUCAGCUCACGCACUUGGCAUUGCAAGUCAUCAGUCCAUCGGAGGGCCACGACGACAAUGGCGAUAAGAACACAAACGCGCAUCCACCGUCUGAUUGAAGAGCAAGGGAUAGUGCUAAUGCCGGGCUGUUACGACUCUCUUUCGGCUUCCAUUGUUGAGAAAACCGGGUUCAGUGCCGGUUUUAUCUCCGGUUAUGCAACCUCCGCUGCUCUCCUUGGGAAACCCGAUUUUGGCUUGCUCACACCGCCUGAAAUGGCAGAAACGGCUAGGUCAGUUUGUGCAGCUGCUCCAUUGAUUCCAAUCAUUGCUGAUGCUGAUACAGGCGGUGGCAAUGCUCUCAAUGUUCAAAGAACUAUCAAGGAUUUAAUUGCUGCUGGUGCUGCCGGCUGUUUCUUAGAGGAUCAAGCAUGGCCAAAGAAGUGUGGACACAUGCGAGGGAAACAGGUUAUUCCUGCAGAGGAACAUGCUGCAAAAAUAGCAUCUGCAAGAGAUGCUAUUGGUGAUUCUGACUUUUUUCUUGUGGCAAGGACUGAUGCACGUGCAACAUCAGCAAAAUAUGGUCUCUCAGAAGCCAUUUCUCGUGCUAACCUUUAUAUGGAGGCUGGAGCUGAUGCUAGCUUCGUGGAGGCACCAAGGGAUGACGAGGAGCUCAAAGAAAUAGGAAAGCAGACCGAUGGGUUCAGGGUAUGUAACAUGCUAGAGGGUGGUGUCACACCAUUGCAUACACCGGAAGAGCUGAGAGCGAUGGGCUUCCAUUUGAUUGUCCAUCCAUUGACGACUCUGUAUGCCUCUGCCCGUGCAAUGCUUGAUGUUCUCAAGACAUUGAAGGACCAAGGAACAACUAGAGGCCACCUCGACAAGAUGGCAACUUUCGAAGAAUUUAAUCAAUUGGUCAAUUUGGAGUCUUGGUUUGAGCUGGAAGGACGAUAUUCAAACUGGAAAAACGUGCAGAAAUCAACCAAGUAACAUGGAAAGAUUGAUGCCUAUUUCUUGUGAGCUCGUGAUUAAAAAACAAAGCAAACUGAUUAGAAGCAAUAUAAUUUACUUUUGGAAGCUCUGUUAUUGAGCUUUUUGCUGGAACUAAAUUUUUAUCUUGUGUAGGAUUCUCUGAUUGUACCUUGAGCUAAAUGGUAUUUUCCAAGUCAGUUUGCCAAUUGGUUUCCA